CUGCAACCGCAUUCAAUGUUGUUAUGGUUACGUGUAGCGUCAUGCAUCCGUUGAUUAAUUAAAAUUGUUUUCGAAAUAAAUACCGGUAUUCCUAAGAAAAUAUCUCAAUAAAAACUAUUUGCCUUAAAACCGUGUUGCUAAAUCAUUUAUUAUUUUAAUUUUUUAUUGGUGUUUUUUUAUUUUAAAAAACUGGAAAUAUUUUAUAUUCAUAUCAAUAAUCUGUCAGAGUAACGCUAUUUAUUAGUUUUGCUGACAAAUAUUUGAAAGUGUCAUGAAAAUCCUAGUUUCAGCACCUGGAAAAACUAUUUUGCACGGAGAACAUGCCGUUGUUUAUGGAAAAGCAGCAAUUGCUGUAAGUCUGAGUUUAAGAACUUCUUUAACUUUGGUUACGACAGAGGAGCAAAAAGUAUCAGUCAAUUUAAAAAGUCUGAAUUUGCACAAAGAAUGGGACUUAACAGCUUUAAACAGUUAUAAUUUGCCUGAAAUGAGUGGAGAUAUUAUAUCAGCAAAUGACGAGCUUAUUGAGCAAAUUAUGAAAAUAUUUAAUAUUAGCUCACCAGAAUAUUCUUCAGACAUUGAAAAAAAUGCUAUUGUUGCCUUUUUAUAUCUUUGGAUUUAUGUAUCUAAAAGUUAUAAUGUAAGAUCGUUUUUCUCUUGCCAUGUGAUUGUAGAUUCUGAAUUGAGCAUUGGUGCUGGAAUGGGAUCAUCUGCAUCAUAUUCAGUUUGUUUGUCUACUGCAAUGCUAAUGCUUUGUGGUAGAAUAACUCCUAGAUUAUUGCCCGAGGACAAAGAGAUUAUUAACAAAUGGGCUUUUGAAACAGAGAGGAUAUUCCAUGGGAAACCAUCUGGAAUUGACAAUUCUAUUUGUACUUAUGGUGGAGCUCUUCUAUUUAAAAAUGGUGUUGUUAGUGACAUUCUAACAAAUAUUCCAAACAUUAAUAUACUAUUGGUAGAUACUAAAGUUCCCAGAAAUACUAAAGUGAUGGUUGUUAAUGUGAAAGAAAAGCUAGAUACAUAUCCAGUUGUAAUUGAGUCUAUAAUGGCAGCUAUUGAGGGUAUAACAAAUGAAAGCUGGAAGUUUUUUAAGGACUUUAACCAAUCUACUACCAACACCACAAAUGUGAAAUCUUUGCAGGAGUUGGUGGAUAUAAACCAACAUUUAUUGAGUGCCUUAGGAGUAAGUCACACAAAAAUUGAUAAAAUUUCUGAAGUUGCCAAAAAAUAUGACUGUUCAUGUAAAUUAACUGGUGCUGGAGGAGGAGGAUGUGCCUUUAUUGUUCUGCCAAGCAAAACUGAAAAAUCAGAAUUUCUAAUUAAAGAUCUUAUUGAAGAACUUGAAAGAAAUGGCUUUGGUGUUUGGAACCUCUUUUUAGGUACUCCAGGUGUGCAAGCAGAAUUUCAGAAUUCUUAAUUAUUAUUUUUUUAUUGAUAAUUAAACUUGGUGAUUGUGUAAGGGGUAGAAUAGUUUUUAAAGAUACUGUUAAGAUUCCUAUAUAUUUUUAUGUUAGAUAUGUAUUUUUUAUAUACUUACUUUUUACAAUGUUAAACAUGUAAAUAAAUGUUUACCAAUUUGAGUUCAGAAAAUAAAUAGUGAAUAAAUUCAUGUAAAUUAUAUAAAGGAUUUAUAAUAACUUUGUGAGAAAUUUGAAAAAAAAAACUCCCAGAGAGUUAAAUCAUUUUACUGACAGAGCAUGUGUGAUGCGUAAAAAACAUCUUUUUCCUGUUAAAUAUUCAGAAUACUUAGUUGAUAUCAAAAGCUGUGUGUUGGAUAGAAAAUUCUGUACAAAAAAUACUCAUUUUAGUUAUGAAAGUUGGGAAAGGGACAAGUUUACUUAAAAGCACUACAAAAUUUUACGUUUUGAACGUGCUGCUUUUUUCUUUGCUCAGAAAAAAAGGAAAGUUCUACCAAAGGCUCUGUUCCACAAACGGCUGUUAUGCCAAUCGGAGAAGAAAAUUAUAUGCUGUUGUUGAUUCAAGAAUACAGCAACUGGAAUCAGUUCAGGAAUGAACAAAAAAACAAACAACUCAAUUUCAAAUUGUACUUGUUAAGGACAGUUCAUGUCAUAUUAGUUUACCAGUAUUAAUUUCUUGAUAUAUUUACUCAAAGUAUUUUGUUAUUUCAGGAUAAGAGAAUUAAGUAGUUGGUUGAUAUUGUAGUGUCAAGAAUUUGGCUUAUAUACAAAUAAGAUUUGAUUCAAAAUUUUGAUUUAUAUAUUAAAGGUAUUGCUAUUAAGCUUCAUGAAAGUUUUUGUUUAAAACGCGAAAGUGGAUUUUUUGCAUUGCAAUGAAGGAAUAUUCUUUUUUAAUUAUAUAUCGAUUAGAAAAGAUGUAAUUGCAUUAAUAAUUUUUGUUUUCAUAAGUUUAACACAAUUUCAAAAUUUGAUAGCUAUUAGCUAUCAAAAGCUAGCUUCAUUCUGUUUCUUAAUUUUUAAGAUUUUUAAAAUGGAACGAUUUUUUAAACAAAAUGAUUUUUUACUUUAAUUUGUUUUAUAAUAUUUAUAAAAGUACUACAUUACUAUUGGUACUAAAAUUUUGCAACUUAAGUAUUAAUGAGUAAAAAACAUUUAAUCAAUAUAAGAGCGAGGUCAUGGACUAUUAAUGAGUGUAAAGCAAUGGAACUCUUAAUCAAAAUCUAUUUAUCAUUGACUAUUUUUUUGAGUCCAAGAUUAUUGACACAGGUUGCUAUUGACCGAAUAUAAAUUUUUUUUCUAAAAUU